AUGGCCUGCACGCUGGUCCCCAUCAACCUGCACAAUCCAGCCGAGUACGCCGAGCUGCAGGCCCAGCGCGUCCAAUGCGGCUGGGACGCAGAGGACAGCCAGAUCCUCGCCUGGCGCGAGAAGCAAGACCAGAACCUGAAAUCGUUCUUUUGGAUCACACUUCCCGCCCAAUCUUCUCCAAAGGACAAUGCAGACAACCAGGCAGAUGAGAAACGCACGAUCCGCGCAGGCCACAUAUCCCUAGACGCCUACGCGGACCCUCCAGACCCCGAACUCGCCUGCGCCGAUAAAUCCAUACUGACGAUCCAGAAUUUUUUCAUUCUGCCGGAGUACCGGCGUAACGGUCUCGGGGGAAAAGUUAUGGAUCUAGUCGAGAAAAUGGCGAGCCAGGAGCCGUGGGGGAGUGAGGCCUGCCGCUUUGUGACGGUCAAUGCGAUGAGCAGGCGGUAUUUCUACGAGGAUUGGCCCGAGAAACUUGCGCUGUGGGAGACGUGGGCGGACAACCCGCCGGUGAUGUGCAAUGUGGAUUGGUAUACGCGGCGGGGGUACGUGCACUGGAAGACGGAGCCGCGGUAUCCAGAGCGGUUGAAGAGCGGGGAGGAGAUUAUGAUUUUGGCGGAUUUUUUGAGGAAGCCUAUUAAUCGGUAG